AUGAAUGCCAAAGACAUUCAGCUCAAGCGCGAAAACCACUCGACAGUUCGCCCUGCAACGACCCAACGAGCCCCAACGAUAACGCCAGCUACAUACCAUAGCCUUACAGUCUCAAGCGAACCUCCCCCGAACAAUCCUUCCAACCAAGCCAUGUCCUCAAGCUCGCCUCAUAAGCUGUCGACCGUCGAAGGUUUCGUCUCUGGAGCUCUCGGAGCUUGCGUGGCCGUAACAUUUACGAAUCCCAUGGAAGUAGCCAAGACUCGAUUACAACUUGACGGGGAAUUGAGAUCGAAGGGCAGUCCAAAAGCGUAUACCAACACACUCGAUGUCUUGAGGAAAACGGCCAAGACGGAAGGGCUCCGGGCAUGUCAGAAAGGUCUGGGUGCUGCUUACACAUACCAGUUCGCUUUAAACGGAUCACGCUUAGGCUUUUAUGAACCACUGCGACGGUCGAUCGGAUCGCUUUCUGGCCAGGAUCCCUCAAAGGUUCAACUAUGGUCAUCCGUCUCAGCUGGUGCACUAUCGGGAGUGAUCGGCGCGAUCCUUGGAAAUCCGUUGUUUCUGGUCAAGGCUCGUCUACAGGCAUAUUCAUCAGUACGCGAUCAAUCGGCAGUGAAGCUCACGGCGAGCUUCAAGGCUCCCACAGUCAACCAUUCGAUCAAGCCGAGCCUUUCGCCUCACCCUACUCAGCAUGCAUACAAAUCGGCGAUAGACGGACUCCACCAAAUAUUCAAAGCUGAGGGCUUUAAGGGCCUCAUGCGAGGCGUUGAUGCCGCGAUGAUGAGGACCGCCAUGGGCAGCUCCGUCCAACUCCCCGCUUACAACUACGCUAAGACUAAUCUAGCUCCUUACUUCUCACCCGACUCGUUCUGGCUUUAUAUCGCUUCCAGCUCGUUCAGUGGGCUUUGUGUCUUAACCGCUAUGCAACCAGCAGACACUGCAUUAACAAGGAUGUACAACCAGUCAAACCAACCUGGGAAAAGAUUAUACAAGAAUCCAGUGGACUGUCUAUGGAAGACUGUUCAAAUCGAAGGCUUUACUGGCCUGUAA